CUUCGCUACAGCCGGGAGGAGGCGGCGGCCGGGGCGCCCCAGGCCCCGCCCGCCCUCGGCCCUUCCCGGGAGGCCGGGAGACCUGCUCGACCCGGCCCUCGGUGGGUGAGUGCAGCGGCGGACGACGGGUGGGGCCUCCGCGGGCGGAGGCGCCGGGAGCGGGGGCGACUCCUGUCAUCGCUCCAGGCCCAGCGGGACGACGCGCCAGCAUCCCCGCUAUUGCGCUUGGCCCGGGGCGUGCCCGCGGCUGCUCCCACCUCUUGGCCCCGGCUGGGGCCUCCCGGGAUUGCUCGGCAUUGCGGGCCAGCGGGCAGAGCCCCGGAUCCGGGCUCUCUCUCCCCGAGGGCAGCGGCGUGGGGCCCGGCGGGCUGGCUGAUCCACCGCGGCUCCGGCCAUGCCCGGCUGGCCCUGGGGGCUGCUGCUGACCGCGGGCACGCUUUCGACCGCGCUGAGCCUGGGGCCGCCAGCGCCCGCCGACCCCUGCCAUGACGACGGGGGCGCGCCCCGCGGCUGCGUGCCCGGCCUGGUGAACGCCGCCUUGGGCCGCGAGGUUCUGGCGUCCAGCACGUGCGGCCGGCCGGCCACGCGGGCCUGUGAUGCCUCGGACCCGAAGCGGGCACACCCCGCCGCCCUCCUGACCUCCGCAGGGAGCACCACCAGCCCUGUGUGCUGGCGUUCCGACUCACUGACACAGGCGCCCCACAACGUGACCCUCACAGUGCCCCUGGGCAAGGCUUUUGAGCUGGUGUUCGUGAGCUUGCGCUUCUGCUCGGCGCCCCCGGCCUCGGUGGCCCUGCUCAAGUCACAGGAUCACGGCGGCAGCUGGGCCCCACUGGGCUUCUUCUCCUCCCGCUGUGGCCUGGACUAUGGCCGCCUGCCUGCCCCUGCGGAUGGCCCACCCGGCCCAGGGCCUGAAGCUCUGUGCUUCCCUGAGCCCCAGGUCCAGCCUGAUGGUGGCGGCCUUCUGGCCUUCAGCGUGCAGGACGGAAGCCCACCAGGCCUGGAUCUGGACAGCAGCCCAGUGCUCCAAGACUGGGUGACUGCCACAGACAUUCGAGUAGUGCUCACAAGGCCUGCCAUGCUGGAGGACACCAGGGACUCCAUGGCCAUGGUCCCUUACUCUUACUCGGCUACUGAGCUCCAGGUGGGCGGGCGCUGCAAGUGCAAUGGGCAUGCCUCAAGGUGCCUGCUGGACACCCAGGGCCACCUCAUCUGCGACUGUCAGCAUGGCACCGAGGGCCCCGACUGCGGCCGCUGCAAGCCCUUCUACUGCGACAGGCCAUGGCAGCGGGCCACGGCCCGGGAAGCCCACGCCUGCCUUGCUUGCUCCUGCAAUGGCCAUGCCCGCCGCUGCCGCUUCAACAUGGAGCUGUACCGACUGUCUGGCCGUCGUAGUGGUGGCGUCUGUCUCAACUGCCGGCACAAUACCGCUGGCCGCCACUGCCACUACUGCAGGGAGGGCUUCUAUCGCGACCCAGGGCGUGCCCUGAGCGACCGCCGCGCUUGCAGGGGUGAGCCUGCCACCAGCUCCCUGCACAUCCUCACCUUCUUGCUCCCCGCAUCCCCACGUGGGCUUCUAACCAUCCCGACUCUGUCCUCAGCAUGUGACUGUCACCCUGUUGGUGCCGCUGGCAAGACCUGCAACCAGACCACAGGCCAGUGUCCCUGCAAGGAUGGCGUCACUGGCCUCACCUGCAAUCGCUGCGCCCCUGGCUUCCAGCAGAGCCGCUCUCCGGUGGCCCCCUGUGUUAAGAUUCCUGUGCCUGGACCCACUGAGGAGAGCAGCCCUGUGGAGCCCCAGGACUGCGACGCGCACUGCAAACCAGCCCGGGGUAGUUACCGCAUCAGCUUGAAGAAAUUCUGCAGGAAGGACUACGCGGUGCAGGUGGCGGUGGGCGCGCGCGGCGAGGCGCGCGGCUCGUGGACGCGCUUCCCGGUGGCCGUGCUUGCAGUGUUCCGGAGCGGCGAGGAGCGCGCGAGGCGAGGGAGCAGCGCGCUGUGGGUGCCGGCGCGGGACGCGGCCUGCGGCUGCCCGCGCCUGCUGCCGGGCCGCCGCUACCUGCUGCUUGGGGGCGGGCCAGGGACCGCGGUCGGGGGUCGGGGGCCCGGGCUCAGCGCCUCCCGCGGGAGCCUCGUGCUGCCCUGGCGCGAUGCGUGGACGCGGCGCCUGCGGAGGCUGCAGCGGCGUGAGCGGCGGGGGCGCUGCGGAACGGCCUGAGCCCUAAGCGCGGGCGGGGCGCUGCUUCCACAUUGAGGCGCACGUUCAUCCAGUGCAUCCGCCUGCAGAGGAGUCUUUGCUGGCGUCGCGCGCGUCGCCAUCUGGGCCCUCCCCCGACCCUGCCCAGCGACUCCCUCGAUGCCACCCGCCCAUGCCUGGGAGGGGUGUGACGGACGCAGCGACACCCCACCCCAACACAGAGGGAUGUGAUAGCCGCUGAGCUGCGUCCAGGCUCCCUUGGGCAGCUGUCAACCCACCUUCGCAUUCUCUUACCCCUCCAAGGGACAUUGUGAUAGUCCCACAAGGCUGGGAGCCCCCUGUGGGGCCGAACAACACUUCCGGGCUCUGCGAACACCCUAAGGGCCGCUGUGCCUCCCCCACCUGUGAUGUCGUGAUCCCUCAGAGAGCAUUCUCACCUUCCUAAAAGGCACUGUGACCCUCUCCCAACAGAUAUGAACCCCCUUGUGAUGCCA